AAAAAAAGGAAAAAGGAAAAACACGAAAACAGGAGAAGAUGAAGGAAAGGUUGCGCCGCUGCGGUCCAAGUCCAACAGGCUACCACCUGCCGAGCUCAGAGAGAGCAAAGGUCAGUAACAGUCCAUUCACAGUCCCUCCCAUUCUCUAACUCAAACGGAGCACCUGGAUUAGGGUUUUGAGCUCGAUCUGCUCCGAUCUGGCCUUAACAACUCCACAUUGUCACAGAUCUGACUUGCUCUACAAUCAAACAGUCAGCAUUGAAGAAAGCUUCUGCAUAUUUCUCACUCCUUUUGUUUCUCCUUUGGCUUCUCUCUAGCGAGAGAUAAAGUGAAGUUAUGAUUCAGUUUUGGGGACUGUAACAUCUUGCAACAGAAGAGGUGGUGGAAAUGAGUGAGACACUGGCAAUUGGUUUUGUUGUGAAUGAAUGGAAUGAUGAUUGGUUGAGGAGGAUAAUAGUGUGAGAGAGAUGCCACCUUCUCCGGCAGCCUCGAUGAGGUGCUCCCCUCCGGUUGGGAGGUCGAAGGCAGUGGAGCACCACAAGCGUGGACGCAGCCUUGAGGGAGGCCUUCACUUGAUGAAAGGGGACAAAGACGAUGACCUCGCCUUGUUCAAUGAUAUGCACACAAGGGAAAGGGACAACUUCCUCCUCCCUUCUGCAGAUGAUUUUGAGGACUCUAUAUCGAUGAAUUUGAGGUACUUCUCAGACUUCAAGCUUGGCAUCUCCAUACCAGCUAGGGGUGAGAGCAGUGAUCUUCUCAACGCGGAUGGCAAUAAAAAUGACUAUGAUUGGCUUUUAACUCCUCCAGACACCCCACUUUUUCCAUCCUUGGAUGAUGAGACACCGCCUGUGAAUCUUCCCCUACGUGGAAGACGUAGAAGCGAACCUAUUGCCAUUUCAAGAUCAGCUACAAUGGAGAAGAGCUACAGGAGGAAUAGUCGGAGUAGUGCAAGCCCAAACCGCUUGAGCCCAUCACCUCGGUCAGGCACCAGCACCUUUCAAUCGAGAGGGAGGCCCUCUUCAGCUCCUACUACGAGUGUGAGUCCAGUUCUAAGGUCUUCAACACCGUCAAGAAGACCUACUACUCCGCCCAACAAGCCAGCAACAACACUUCCAAGAUCCUCGACUCCAACGUUCCGAAGGAUGAGCACGGGGUCAAGCACUGGUAAUCCAUCCACUUCAGGGAGGAGGGGACCCUCACCUGGAAAGCCAAAUCGUGGGAAUUCUGCUUCUCCAAAACUAAGGGCAUGGCAAUCAACUCUCCCUGGCUUCUCCUCUGAUCCACCUCCAAAUCUUCGUACUUCUUUAUCUGACAGACCAUCGUCUCAUGUGAGGGGCUUGUCACCUGCUUCAAGGAGUAGUAAUGGGAGGGAUGCUUCUGCAAGAUUUGGGAGGCAAUCGAAGUCACCAACUACUUCUAGGAGUGCUAGCUCUUCACACAGUCAUGAGCGUGACCACUUCAGCUCUCAGAGUAAGGGCUCUGCAGUGUCAUCAUGUGAAGAUGAUGUGGAUUCUUUGCAAUCUGGUUUUUCAGGCAAGCAUGCAAUCUCUUCGGCCUCUUCGGAUCAUGUACCUAGAAGGAAAUAUGAAGCAUUUUCUAAUAAUAAAGGCUUGACCUAUCCAAAGAAGCCAUCGGCAACACUAUCAAACUCUGCCCCAAAGCGAUACUUCAAUUCCACCAUGCGACAAAUGGAUCAUAGCAAGAGUCCACAAGGCAUGUUCAGGCCACUCCUCUCAAGUGUCCCAACUUCUACUUUCUAUGUUGGAAAAGCGACUAAUUCGCAGCGGCCUUUGAUCUCUAUGAAUUCUUCAGUGACGACAAGCAGUAAUGCGAACUCAGAUCAGGGUGCAAGUAUUGCUCCUGAUUUAGAAGCCAGCGAUCAUGAUCAGGAUGAUCAAGAGAGAAAUGAAUGGGGCAAGGCGUUAUUUCCUAAUAAUGCUCAAGAGGAAGUAUUUGUUUUUGAUAAAGUAGAAGGGCUUACUGAAGACCAUAGUCAUGACAACAUGCUGCAUGGAGUCAAUUCAGAGGUUCAUGAGAUUAUUUUACAGACAAAUCCCACCACGAGCGACGUUGACACACAUGAUGAUGUUGAUGGUGAUGGCUGCACUGUUCUUGAAGUUGAUUCGAGAGACCCACAAAAGUUUGAUGACAUUGCUGAAGGUAUACCCAUCUUGGACAUUGUAGGCGUUAAAAAUGCUGCGCCUUGUGGUGAGGUGGUUAAUUCUUGCUCCAUUUCUGGAACAGCAAGAGAUAUGGAUGAGACUGCGCCUGCUUGCCUAGAGUUGGAAGAUAAGAAUGCAUUUCCUCAGAAGGCUACUUGUCCUAAGGAUGCUAAAUAUCAGCAAGAGACUCCUGGGGAGCAGGUAACAGAAGUUCCCCUUGUCCAACCUGUUGGAGAGGCAGGUCAUCAACUUCCUGUUGGUUAUUUGGCUGGGAAUAUUGAAAGAGAAGCUUCACCAAAUUUAGUGCAUUGCAAAGUGGUUGGGCAUAAAAGGGUGAAUUCUGUCCACUCCAACCAUGAUAUGGGGGAUCUGCAACUGUGCUUUGAAGAGAAUGAUGGUCGGCAAUGCACAAGAGUUGAAGGUCCAGCAGAGGGAACGGGAAUAUCUGUGCUUUUGCUGAAGGGAUUGGGCAGUAGAAAAUGGCCUGUUGUUCAAGGUAGGGUUUUCACUGCAACAAAUAUAUCUUGUGAUGAUCCUACUUAUGUACGGGAUAGUGGUAGCUCUUCCAGGGGUGGCAUUACUGUGCUUGGUGGUGUUUCACCUUCACCUUCAACUGAUUUGGCCUCGACUAGUAGACAAAUGGACACCCGGUUUCAUCGGCAGUUCAGCGCUCGGAGAGAUGCGGAGAACACCGGAAAUGAUCAUAAUGUGAGGCCUCAAAGCUCUAGCUUCAGUGUUUCUGGUGCUUCAAGUAAUUCGUAUGAACCUGAGGUUCACAGAAAGAACAUGUGGCAAGAGAAAUUUGAUGAUUAUGUUCAUGAUAGAGAGUCUGAGCAUUUGGAUGGAACUGAUUUAAGUGAUGAAAAGGAUCUCGGAGUUUUGAAAAAGAUACAUUCUACUAUGCUCGACACCUUUGGUGUGGAACAAAAUAUAACCCAACACACAGAAAGGCACAAAGAGGUAAUGGGGGCCUCUGGCCAUGAAUUAUCUAUCCGUGCACAGAGUCUUCGGUUAGAGGAGUCUUCAAUGCCAAUAACUCAAAAUUUGAUUGAGUAUUGCAUUUCUAUUGGGAAUGGAGAAGACCUAAACAGUGUGAGCAAUAUCUCAGCAACAGAGAAAGAGUUGGUGAACCCAGAUUCCUCAUUCCUGGAGGCAAAUGUUGUACCCGAUAGCAGUGAAUUGACAGUUGAUGUAUCUGACCACAUGCACAGUACCCCUGGUAGGAUGGCAAUUGUGGAUGAAGAUGAGCAUGAGAGUGACACUGGCUCAAGAACUGCCUAUGCCUUGACAAAGAGCAUCCUCGAGGCAUCCCAAGAUUCAUUUUCAUCUGCAGCGGAGCAGAAGAAGGAUAUGGACGCAUCAUCUAUUGUUCUAGAAUUUGAACCUACUGUAAAGAUUGAAGGGCCAAGAGGAUAUCUGUCUAGAAGUUUAACACUGGAAGAAGCAACGGACACCAUAUUGUUCUGCAGCUCAAUUGUUCAUGGUCUUGCGUAUAAGGCUGCCACCAUUGCUAUGGAAAAGGAGACUAAUUCUGUUCCCCUCGAAGGUUCUCGUUCCCAAGUUACUAUCCUUGGUAGAUCAGGUCGUGAUGUUAAAGUUCCAUACAGUGGGAUGGUUGGCAGGCGUACACCAAAAUCCCACAAGCCCAGAUCCCGGCCUAUGGAGUCACCUGAUAAAUCUCCUUCGACGAAGAUGGAAUCUGUUGUCAGUUCUCAAGAAUCCUUUGGUCAUAAUGGAACCCAUCCAAUCCACCACCCCUCUGAUAGUGUUAAACCUCCAAAACUUGAGUCCAAGUGCAAUUGCACAGUCAUGUAAGGGUCUCUCUCACUCUCUCUUUCUCUCUCUCUCUCUCUCUCAGACAAAAGGGAGUGAGUGUAUGUACUUUUAGAGAUUCUAUGUCUGCAGGGUGCCAUGGAAAUGUCCCGCUUGGUUUCUUGCCCUUCCAUUUUUAUUUGUAACAAACACCACCUUGUGUUGGUGAUGUAAUCAUGUAAAAUUGUGCCUUGUAUGCCAGGAGAGGAGUUAUGAGUUUGUGGUUGUUAUUGUUGAUUUAAACAUGUGAAUAGAUUGAUUGAUUCAGAAA